UCACCCAAGUUGAGCUGUGGUGCACGAGCUCCCCGUUAACUGCCGAUGUCCCUGACCAAUUCAAGCGUCUUCCUGCUUAAAGAGGGUUCAGCCGAUUCCUACACUAGUCGACCCUCUGAUUCCGACCUGUCCCUGGAGGAGGACCAGGAGGCGUCUCGGCGUGAAGCCGAGCGCCAGGCUCAGCUGCAGCUGGAGAGAGCCAAGUCUAAGCCAGUAGCUUUUGCAGUAAAGACCAAUGUAAGUUAUUGUGGAGCCCUUGAUGAGGAUUGUCCAGUCCAAGGAGCCGCUAUUAACUUUGAAACCAAAGACUUUCUGCACAUAAAAGAGAAAUACAACAAUGACUGGUGGAUUGGUCGCCUGGUGAAGGAAGGGGCAGAUAUCACUUUCAUCCCAAGCCCAGUAAAACUGGAGGCCAUGAGGAUAAAACAAGAGCAGAAAGCAGCAGCAAGGAAAGGAGGGAACGCGUCAUCCGGAGGCUGGAGGUCCACCCCUCCAUCUGCAGCCAAACAGAAGCAGAAACAGACUGAACAUGUUCCUCCAUAUGACGUGGUUCCCUCGAUGCGACCAGUGGUGCUGGUGGGCCCUUCACUGAAAGGCUAUGAAGUAACUGACAUGAUGCAGAAAGCCUUGUUUGACUUCCUUAAGCACAGAUUUGAUGGCAGGAUCUCUAUUACACGGGUGACUGCUGAUCUGUCGCUGGCAAAGCGCUCAGUGCUGAACAAGAAGGCCAUAAUGGAGAGAUCCAACACUCGCUCCAGUCUGGCUGAAGUCCAAAGUGAAAUAGAGAGGAUCUUUGAGCUGGCCAAGUCUCUUCAGCUGGUUGUCCUGGAUGCAGACACCAUCAACCACCCGGCACAGCUCCUGAAAACCUCACUGGCUCCCAUCAUCGUCUAUGUCAAAGUGUCCUCACCCAAAGUUCUUCAGAGGUUGAUUAAAUCACGGGGGAAGUCACAAAGCAAACACCUCAAUGUCCAGAUGAUGGCAGGAGACAAGCUGGCUCAGUGUCCACCUGAAAUGUUUGACGUAAUCCUGGAUGAGAAUCAGUUGGAAGAUGCAUGCGAUCACCUCGCAGAGUACCUGGAAAUUUAUUGGCGUGCUACACAUCUCCCUUGUUCUGCCCCAGUUAACCCCUUACUAGACCAAAGUGUGGUCACCCCACCUUCAGCUAACUCCAGCCAACAAUUUUCUGAAACUCAAGAAUUGAUAGAAUGAUCACUACCACAUAUGAAGAAGUAGCUUGCGCUGUCAGCUGGAGACAGGCCAGUCAAGUGUAAAAGCACAGGGACCAGGGCACCACCAGGGGGCAGCAGCAGCCCACAUCUCUCCAAAGCCAGCCACCACCUUCUCCAGCCACACCUGGCGCAGGGAGAGAGCAAAAGCGAGUUCUCUGAGGAGAGAGAAAGAGCAGCAUGCUGGUGAGCUGGAGGAGUAGAAGACACAAAUACAAAGGGAGGGGCAGGAAGAGGCUGGAGCAGACAGAGAAGCCUCCACCUCACUGCUGCCCCCUCGGAUAGAGCUCCCUUCUCCCACCAUCACUCAGGGCCGCUUUCUGCAGCUGGACACACUGGUAACAACAACCAGUACAGCAGCAUAAUCACUGCUCACACCUGACUGCCCCCUCCUUCACCACCCUGAUCUUAAAACGUAUCCCAGUUCCUAGAUGAGUCAGCCCAUGUGUGUUCAGACACCCACAGGCUGAUGUCCAAAACACACACAGGCUGAUUCAACUCUCACUGUAGACAAACUCCACACCUAUGAAGCUCUUCUAUGUUAGACAAAGGUACUGUAGCGUGGCAAAGCUGUCAGUAGAACGUGCAUUUUCCUAGUACAGGAAUCUUAGAUCUUCAUGUCUGAUACUCCUCACCAUCAGGUGUAUAAAGAGACAGAAAAUUGAUUCAGUAUGUCUUCCACGUCUACAGCUUUAAGUGAGCUGUCAUUCCAAAUGUUUAACCAAAUGUUUUCCCUGAGACACAAUUGCUUCUGUCAGAGUCAUUCCAGUGUCACCUAUGCAGGCAGACUCGUGGACAAUGAACAAUUUAUCUUCCUUUAUCACUUCCUUUAACUCCUUGUUUAUCAAAAAAACCUUCUUAAAUCCCUCUUUCUAUCAACCGUUUUCUAUUAAACUCUAUGCUACUAUCUAUGAUUCAUAUCUUUGCUCUCAGUUUAACUGCAAAUCUGUAUGUAGCAGUCAUGUAAAACCCGUGAAUAGCAAGCACAGACAUCCAGUCUAUAUGCAUCUUUGUCACAGCUGUGAAUGUAAAAUAAUGCUGGUCUAUUGGCUUAGGGAGGAUUAUUUACAAUAACUGUUUGCAGAUGGAUGGAGGCAAAUCUUGUUAGAGUUCUUUGACAAAAUUUUAAUUUCUCUACAAAUAAUGGACAAAUACAAGACAAAUCAAUGAGUCAAAUAUAUUUCUUUAGAACAGCAUCUUAUGAUUUUGUGUUUCAAAGAAAUGAACUAAAGACAGUUUGAGCCAUAUAGAAACAUUUGUUUAUGUAAAACUGUAAAGCUGAGAUUGAUCAAUAUUUAAAAAAUUGUUCAGGCCACCUUUAAAAAAAUAGAAGAGGAAAAGAAAGUAGUGUAUCAUCUUUAAAAUAUAGCUUUUCUGCCAUAAAACGUUCAAAAACAUCUUUACUUUUCUGUAGCAACAAUGGUCAUAAACAUAUAUUUGAGAUAAGUAAUGAAAACAUAAUUUAGCAUGCAGCUGCAAGACAAAGUUUGUGCAUUUUCCAUAUUUCUGUAUGGAUAUGACUGAAGACAUUUUCACACAAGCCCUAAACCCAAAGAAGAGGACCUGGUUUAAAAAAAUAGAACAAAAUAUUAUAUGUGAGUGUUUAUUUAUUUGGGAAAUUAUAAAAUAUAACAUCUAUAAGUGGCAAAGUAUUGGAACCUCUAGAAUUUCUAGUUCUUUUUAAGUUAAAAUUACACUCAGGUCGUUUUAGUGGUAUAACAGUUACACAUGAAUCUUGUUUUAGUCACAGAACAGCAGUUUGAUCAUCCCAACAUCUUUGCAGAAGUGAAUUAAAGAACA